GCAUGAAGACGAUCAGUCUUCUUCUGAUAUUAGCGGUCAGUGGGAUUUUGGGUGUCGAUAAAAAUAACUUUAAGACAUGUGAACAGUCAGGCUUUUGUAAGCGGCUACGGUCGUUUAAGCCGGAGAAAUCUCAGUAUUCUUUGAACCUAGACACCGUUAUUAUCCACGGUAAUGUACUCGCGGCUGAAGUGGUCACUGUAGACACUGAGAGUGAGAAGGAAAGUGUUCUGUGGCGUUAUGCAUUGAAACUGUCAGCUCUUGCGGAUGGUACAUUCCGAGUGGAGUUAGAUGAAGCCGACCCCUUGUACCCGCGGUACAGGCCUGAAUUGGCAUUAGCCGGAGAGCCUAAAGGAGAUUCAUUAAAACUAGUAUCAAAUGAAAAUGGCAAGCUGACGCUAACCAACUCUCAAGGACACAAGGUGGUCAUCUCAGUGUCACCGCUGAAGUUUGAGUUCCUGGAUCUGAACGGUGAAGUAGCAGUGGUUUUGAAUGAUAACAACCAGCUGAUGGUGGAACCGCUCAGGGUGAGGAGAGAGAGAAUCGGUGAUGACGAUGAAGGGAAUGUGGACCAAUUGGAUGAAGAAGAGGGCGCUUGGAGCGAAAACUUCAAAUCUCAUCAUGACAGCAAGCCUCGAGGAAAUGAAGCUAUCUCUUUGGACAUCUCUUUCCCUGAUGCGGACCAUAUUUAUGGUAUCCCCGAGCACACAGAUAACUUCUACUUGAAAACAACAACAUCCGGCGAACCAUACAGAUUGUACAACUUGGAUGUAUUCGAAUAUGAGUUGGAUAGUAGGAUGGCUAUCUACGGAGCUAUUCCAGUACUGUUCUCUCACGGGCCGAAGCGCAGCGCCGGCGUGUUCUGGCACAACGCGGCGGAGACGUGGGUGGACGUGGUGAACUACGCGGACGGCACCGUCGUGUCGUCGCUCGUCAACCUCGUCACCGGGGGGCACCAGCGCCGCGUCGACGCGAGGUUCAUGAGCGAGGCGGGAGUGCUGGACCUGUUCGUGUUCCUGGGCGCGCGGCCGGCCGACGUGUUCCGCCAGUACACCGAGCUCACCGGCGUCGCGCCGCUGCCUCCCAAAUUCUCACUGGCUUAUCACCAGUCCCGCUGGAACUAUGUGGACGAGGCCGAUGUUCGUUCAGUGGACGACGGGUUCGAUGCUAACGACAUCCCCCUUGACUCUAUAUGGCUGGACAUCGAAUACACCGAUAGAAAGAAGUAUUUUACCUGGGAUGCGGAGAAGUUCCCUCAUCCUGGUGACAUGGUCGCCAAUUUAACAGCCAAGGGUCGGAAACUUAUUGUCAUCAUCGACCCGCACAUCAAGAGGGAAGCCGGAUACUUUGUACACGAGGAUGCCACUGAGCAGGGCUUGUAUGUUAAGGAUAAGGAUGGCAAGGAUUAUGAAGGUUGGUGUUGGCCAGGCUCAUCUUCAUAUCUGGAUUUCUUCAACCCAGCGGUAGUCAAGUACUAUGCAGACCGUUUCAAGUUUGAAAACUUCCCGGGAACAAGCAAGGACGUACAUAUUUGGAAUGACAUGAAUGAACCCAGUGUAUUCAACGGUCCAGAGAUCACAAUGCCAAAAGAUUGUCGCCACUACAAGGCGCCUCAAGACGGACAAGAUGGAAUCGCCGCUUUCUGGGAACACAGACACGUACACAAUGAAAACGGCCUGAGACACAUAAGCGGCACCCACCAGGGUAUGAUCGACAGGAGUGACGGGAAAUACCGUCCCUUCAUACUUACUAGAGCCGUCUUCGCGGGUACUCAGAGAUACGCCGCAGUAUGGACAGGCGACAACGCUGCCGAAUGGGGCUUCCUUCAAGCGUCCGUACCCAUGUGUAUAUCACUUGCCGUCUCCGGAGUUAGUUUCUGUGGCUCAGAUGUCGGAGGCUUCUUCAAGUACCCCGAGGCUGAGCUGAUGACCAGAUGGUAUCAGGCCGGAGCGUACCAGGCGUUCUUCCGCGCGCACUCCCACCUGGAGACCAAGCGCCGCGAGCCGUGGCUGUACGACGCCGCCACCACGGCGCGCCUGCGGGACGCCGUGCGCCGCAGAUACGCGCUGCUCGACUUCUGGUACACGCUGUUCUACGAGCACUCGGUAGACGGGCUGCCGGUGACGCGGCCGCUGUUACAGGAAUAUCCGAAGGAACAAGAAACUUACACCAUCGAUAACGAAUAUUUAUUAGGUGACAAACUGCUUGUGCGUCCGGUGUUAGAGGCCGGCGUGACCAGUGUCAAAGUGUACCUGCCCGGGAAGGAUUCCCAGACCAUUUGGUACGACGUCGACUCGUACCACGCCUUCCCUGCCAACGGGUAUAUGAAUGUAGAAGUCAAUAUCGCUAAGGUGCCAGUGUUCCAGCGCGGUGGUAGCAUUAUACCGCGCAAAGAAAGAGUCCGACGCUCGUCCGCUUUAAUGGCUCACGAUCCUUACACGCUCGUAGUCGCACUGGACAAUCAGGCGAAAGCAGAGGGUACUGUGUACAUAGACGACGGCGAGACUUACGACUACGUUUCAAACAAAUUUAUAUACGCUAAGAUCACACACGAACCCGCCGUCAUGAAAUAUACGUUCGUGAACGAAAACGCCAGCUAUCCGACCCGUUCCUGGGUGGAACGUAUAGUCAUCGCGGGUAUCAAAACACCCCCUAAAUCUGCUAAACUAUCGCAGGGAGGAAAGCAAAUCCCCCUCCAAAUGACACUCCACAGAGGAAACAAUGUACUCGUCAUAAGAAAACCAUCGGCUUCGAUGGCAUCGCCAUGGGAAAUACACUUCACAUAUUAGUGCGAUAAAACACCAUGGGAUGUAUGUUUUGAUUAAUAUUCUUAAAGCUAUUAUAUGAAAACGGUUAUAACUACAUUGAAAUGAGCUUCUGCAGUGAAAUAAGAUAAUGAUGUUAUAGGGAUUUUAUUUGUAAUUUGGAUAAUUUGAACCAAGCGAGAUACCAUUUAAAAGUUAUACACAAACAACCAGUAAUUAGAACCAGUAAUUUAUGAAAAAAUAGAUUGAUUUUUUUCUGUAUAGUUUUUAAAUAUGUAGUUUAAUUUAAUGCUUCUUAUUUUAAUCGCCAUGUGUAACAGUGAAUUGUGUCUACAUUUACCUGUAUACAGAAUAUUAUUUUAUCGCUGUAUGAAUAUCAUUCUAAUUUGUUUAUUAAAAAGUUUUCUUGUUUAAAUAUGUAGUCAAAACAUACAUCUGAAUUUUAAAAACUUUUAAAGUAAGAGUUGUUUACUGUAGGUGAUUUUAAGUUAAAUAUUUCAUAAGUUCAUAUCGUUGAGUGGUGGAUGUCCCUGUUCAUGAAUUUAUCACAGCUGUGUUCGAUAUUUAAUAUUUAUAGAAUAGAACAAAAUAUUUCAACAAUAGCUUGACAAGUCCAAAAGAGAAUUAAAAACUGUCAUACUAACUCAGCCUUGUUUGCUUAGUUUUUUUGAUUAUUUUGAUCGAGUUGUAUCUCUCGGUUGAUGUGUUUAAAUACUAAACCGUUUAAAUGAUUAAUGCUCCUGUGUAAGUAUAUUUAAUAAGUUAAUAACAAACUUAGCUAGUGAAAAACGUAGUUAAUAAAAACUACUUCUCCUUAUAGUGAAAAACUUGGUUUUUAAAUCCUCAGAGGAUAGAAUUUUGUAACUUUGUGUUCAAUUUAUUUUAUAGAUUGAAUUGAUUAUAGUUUAGCAUAGUCACAACUUUGUACCAUCGAAAAUACUUAUUUUUUCUCUCUAAACCAACAAUCUAUAGAACUGAAAUUAAUAAUUAUGUCAACUACCCUCAAACUUACACUUGAGAUUAACAAAGUGUUUGCCGAUAAUAUUAGUAGUUAGUAUUAAUAAAAUACCGUUUCUGAGGACUGUUUAAACAAAUAGUAUAACCAACAAUUUAUAUUUUCGCAGUGUUCAAAAAUAUUGUGUUCUUAAUAAUGAGCAUUAUUUAACAGGAUACUUUUUUGUAUGCAAUAUCACCAAUUUUUUAAUAAAACAUUAAAGAUUGUGUAAUA